ACACGACGCCCCAACAAUGCGCGACGCAACGCUAGAGGAGCGCAGCAAUUUUAAAUCCGGAUUGCAGCCGCAAUUGUCCGGGUCUCAUGACCCUUCUAGUGCAAUCUACGACUUAUCGAACUUAACCCGCAAUGGAUGAAGCUACCACAAUACAACUCCAGCGCCGUAAGAGGUCCUAUCAUCAGCGGCAAACACUUAGCUCCGCCAGACCCGUCAUUGCUUCCAAGCGAGAGACUCCAUCUCAGAAUCCCAGCGAUCCUGGACGAUACCACAGAUCUAUAGAAAUCAAUAGCGAAAAUAUUCUACACGACAACUCAUACUCUGAAGUCGUCGUUGAGUGGCUGCGCACUAUGUCUCCCUGAGUUUUGUAGGAGGGCGACCCGAAUGAUACCGAGGAUAGCGGCUGGAGG